AUGAACGCCUUCGCUCAAUAUUCCCCGCUCUUCACCUCUGGUCUCCUCACCAGGACACCCACAGCCUCGCCCUCCACGUCCCGCUCACCCUCCAUAAAGCGUCGCCGCGGGAAGGCAGUGGACAGUCUGCCUUGCACGGUCAACACUGUCAGCUUCCACGCCGCUGUCCGCUCGUCGACCGACACCAGUGCCAUGUUCCUUACCCUCGUACCACACCGCCAGCUGGAAGACGAGGACCGGUCGUUCCUAUCGCUUGACCUCGCUGAGAGCCAGUCUAUGCGGUCCAUGAGCCUUCGCAGGAAAGAUACAGUCACCUCGCGUGGCUCGGUCGCCCUCAGGAGGUCAGAAGCCGGGUCACCCACGGGUCGCACACAUAACCAUACCUUUAGCUUCUCCCGAUUUUCGCUCCCGAAACGGCCUGCCGCCAAGAUGCGCAAGUCGUCUCGCGAGUCUCUUCUCCCAUCGCCCAAGCCUGCACCGUCCACCUCCCUCCCAGAACCUCCGACAUCCGUUCCAGCAGCCCCUGAGGGCCCCCGGACGUCCAAACUCUCGCUCACGCUCUCGACCGACAUCUCCCCUGAACAGUGUUACUCUUCAUAUCGCUGGUCGCCCAUGCACCGCGCAUCGCAGUCCGCUCCAUCCCUGCUCUCGCCCACGUCUCCCUCCCGCAAGUCCUCCAUGAUCCUCCCGCCCGAGUCUUCUGACCACUCCUACCUCCUGUUCUCCCCUACCUCGCCAACGGGGUUGACACGUCGCGCAGCACCCAUGCCGGCGUCGGCGCCCGCCGCCGUCCUCGCACGAAGUAUGUCGUUCCGCUCGGUCGCGUCGGUUAACACGCGCCUGCGCAAUCGCUCCGCGGCGCUCGCGAUGCUCGAGGGGCGCACUGGACACGCGAUGACGCGCGGGGGCAACUUCAUGUGGAUGAGCGACGACGAAGAGGAUGACGCGGAGGAGCAGGAGCGUGAGCGCGUGCGGUCGCAGGGCUCGGACGUCGGCGACGUGAACAACCGCCUGCUGCAGGUCCUUCACGAAGAGGAGGACGUCGUCAUUCCGCACUCGCCUGCCACGUCGGCCGCGCGCAUGUCUGUCCCUGCGUCCGCGCCUGCCCGUCAGACUCAGGAGUCGUUCCCUCCGUCGACCCGGGAGCGCUCGGAUACGCGCUCCCGCUCGAACUCGACGCCGUCGAGGAUGAGUAGGAGGGGGACGCUCGAGUCGCUGUUGUCGCCGCUUGCGAACUUCAUCGACUUCAGGGAGGACGACGGCUCGACGCGUGGCUGGCGGAGCUUUGUUGAGUUCUCGUCAUAG